AUGGAUAAUACUCCUCCUCCACCACCACCUCCGCCGCAACUGCAACCGCAACAUCCACAACCACCACCACCACCACAGCAACUGCUAACGCAACCGCAACCGCAACCGCAACCGCUUUGUAUCCUUCCUCCAUUUAUCCAUGACAUUGACAACCCACAACAACAACAACAACAACACCCAUUCCCUCCUCCAAGCACCCCAUGUUCCUCCUCUUCCACAACCUCUUACCGCAAGAAACGUCGUUCUAAAGUUCUCCACAUUGAAACCACCACAACUAACACCACCCUCCCAAACAAACACCCUUCUGGUAAAGAUAUGACACCCCCACCAUGCACCGAGUGUGGUAAGACAUUUUGGUCUUGGAAAGCUCUCUUUGGUCACAUGCGUUGCCACCCUGAGAGACAAUGGCGUGGUAUUAACCCUCCACCCCACCUUCGCCGUGGUACUCUCCCUCCAACUCCCCCUUCCACUCCUAGGCCUACAACUUCUGACGACCGCGAGGUCGCUGCUAGCCUUCUCUUGCUUGCCUCCUCCCCUCAAGUGGCCGCCACCACGUUCGAGUGCUCGAGUUGCAAGAAGACAUUCGGGUCCCACCAAGCCCUAGGCGGCCACCGUGCCAGUCAUAAGAAUGUCAAGGGCUGUUUUGCCAUUACCAAGAGUAGUUCUACUGACGUUGAACAGGAUCAUAAUUUCAUGAUCAUGCAAAGUGGGCUUAGUCAUGAUGAAGGACUUGGACUGGGCCUAGGCCUGUCUUUGGGCUUGGGCUUUGGAGUGGGUCACAAGUGUGGGCUUUGUUACAAGGUUUUUCCUACUGGACAGGCCUUGGGUGGACACAUGAGGUGUCAUUGGGAAAAGAGUGAGGAAGCUUCAACCUCGUCUAUUGGUCUUGCUCUUGGGCCUGUUUCAACUUCUAAUCAAGCCCAAUCUUGUCUUGAUCUUAAUCUCCCUGCUAAAUUACAGGAUCAGGGUGCUUCUUCCUCUGUUAAUCCUUCUAAUAAUAUGCAAUUAGAGCUUAGGUUAGGAAUAUAA